ACUUAAAAGAAUAAGACUGUAAUUGAUUUCCCUGAAACUUCCCUAUAAAUUUCCAUGUUCCUGAUGCCAUCUUCUAUCUGAGCCUUGAUACUGUGAUUUCCAGUUCAACUAUAUAUUGGAUCCUGUAUGUGUUAAAAUGUGGAAAUCAACCACUUUAUCGUCAGCUAAUGUUCGAGCGUGUUAAAACAUUCGGUUGAUGAUCUCCACCGUUUUAACUACAAGAGGCCUACAUCAAAACAUCUCCUUUAAGUGGAAAAAAACUUCCAGAGUCCUUAGUGCAAAAAAGACCCCUUAAGUUACUUCCUGAUAUUUUUGGUGGGGCGGGAUCCAUGUGUCGGCUCUCCUCUCCUGUUUAUUUUCCUCCCCUCCAGGAUCCUGAUACGUGGCUGUUUGGGGGAAGCCAUGGUGACCGACAGCCACUUCUGUGCUGCAGCCUGCAGCUAGCGGGUCUCUUCCCUCAGCAGCUGGGCGACUGAUCCCACACAGCGGCGCAAGCCUGCCUCCAUCAAAGUCGGCCUGGAUGGCAGGGACACACUGGUGCAAAGACUGCCGAAACCACAAGCAUUACUGGUUGCAAGGGCUUUUUGGACCGUGGGACGGAUGAAAGGUGGAAGCUGUUGGAAGCCCAGCUGGGCUCUAGCUGCUCUGUUUAUCCCAGUUACCCUGCUGAUGCUGACCCUCAGGGGGGCAUCAAGCAGCCAGAAGAUGGCACAAACAUCGAUGGCUCAUGCAACAGCUAGGGCUGCAGGACCAGGCCCCAGCCUGACAGAUGACCUCCCAGGCCUCCAGACAGUAGCAGCCUUCUUAGCCAGCGAACAUGCUCACGUUUGGUUCCUGUCCCUGGUGGGCUCUGUCGCCGUAGGUCUCAGUGGGAUUUUCCCCCUGCUUGUCAUUCCCAUCGAAGCUGGAGCAGCCCUCAAAACUGAAGAUGGGAGCCAGAAGCUGAAGCAGCUCUUGAGCUUUGCUAUUGGUGGUCUCCUUGGUGAUGUUUUCCUUCACCUCCUUCCUGAGGCAUGGGCAGUCUCUGGCUCUGCAGCAGGUAAACAACGCCACUACAUGACCCAGGGCCUGUGGGUAAUUGUUGGCCUUUUGGCUUUCCUUCUCCUGGAGAAGAUGUUCCCUGACCAAGGCAGCCAGGAGGAUCCCACCCCUGAAGCAGACCUGAAUUUUAAUUCUGCUAUGCAGUCUAAUUCAGUCUUCAGUGCAAAGGCAGUGGCAUCACUCACAAAUGGGCACCAUGCUGAGUCAUGGAGAUCCUCCAAGCAACAGUCUCUGCCAGAGAGAUCAGAGAAAAUCAAGACUAGUGGAUACUUAAACCUACUGGCCAACUGCAUCGACAACUUCACCCAUGGACUGGCAGUAGCUGGGAGUUUCAUGGUUAGCAAAAAGGUUGGCUUCCUCACCACCUUUGCCAUCCUGCUCCAUGAAAUCCCUCACGAGGUGGGAGACUUUGCCAUUCUGCUGAGGGCCGGGUUUGACCGUUGGAGUGCUGCUCGCAUGCAGCUGUCCACGGCCCUGGUCGGGAUCUUGGGAGCUUCCUUUGCUAUGUGCGCUCAAUCACCACAAGGCACAGAAAACGCCACUUCCUGGAUACUGCCCUUUACCUCUGGAGGCUUCCUCUACAUAGCCUUGGUAAAUGUGCUGCCUGACCUGUUGGAGGAGUCCAGUUUAAGGCAGUCCCUCUUGCAGAUCCUGCUCAUUUUCUCCGGCGUAGCUGUCAUGGCUCUGCUCUCUGCCAUCAUUGACUGAAGAUGGAGGAAACUUUCUCCUUCUCGCUUUACCAAACACUAAAACUCAGCAGUGAAGGGAAAUCCUGUUCUCCACCAAACCCCUCGUACCUGCACUCUCUUACAGAAAAAUUAAUCUUGAUGAAAAGAUCAAACCUCUUCGAUUCAUCAUCAUGUCACACUAAAACAAAUAUCUGACAGAAGAACGGCACUUUAUGGAUGAAUGAAUGAAAGGAAGAUCUGCUGACAGGACAUUUCUGUGGACACUUAAGUGUGCCAGACUUAAAUUGGGAGGGAUCUCAGAGGGUUUGUAUUCAUUCUGUUACCAAAUUGUCUUAAAUUGUUGAUCGAACAAUCAUGUUGUUUUGCACAUACAUUUACACAGAUACACCUGAUGUACCUGCUAAACACAACUGGUAUUAUUGGACCUCGACACGGACCUACUUCUUUAAAAUAUAUUCAACCUUAAAUAGUUUGGACAUUGUAUGUUUUGUUUUGGAUCUUCUGUUUCUGAUGUAGCUGCUGCAUAUUUAUUGAAAUGAGAUGAGCAACAAACAGCUUUAUCAGACAAUCAUUACCACGCCAUCAUUUUGUCUAGUUAAGAAAUAAGUGCCAAGAAGUCAUAAUCGUCUUUUACACGAGUGUCAGGUCCACACCAAAGUAAAAUCUGUUUUUUCCUUCUGUCUUUCUCUCACAGUACAAGUUGGUGCUCAUGCAAAAUUUAACUACAUGAUUUGAGAGAAAAAGAUUGGUACUGUUUGUUAAUAAUUUGUUUAGACAUAUACUUGUUGCCAAUAAUUUUGUCUAUAUAGGGGUGGAUAAGAGAAGAAAGUUUUUAUGCAGAAUUCUCUAUUUCAGUAUUGUUGAUACACCUCUUGGUGACGGUUUCCACCCCCUAAAGAAAUAAAAAUUAACUAUAUUUAAAAAAAAAAAAAAGAAAAGCUCA